GCCUACCGUUGCCACGCAAUGAUCGGUCUGGGGAAAUAGGACAGAAUUGUGUUUGUGUCUGUUUUUUUUUAACUACUCGAACAAGCUUUCCACCUCCAGGACAAACAUCGUAACGUGCCAUGAGAAACAUGAGUGUUCAAAAUGGCACUUCAACAAUCGACUUGGACAUCAUUCAGGAGGUGAUCUCUGCAGACCGGGAGUUUCCCUGUCAUGUCCAGUCUGGUUUCUGCCUCCCUGGACCUCCUCAUCCCCCCGUAGACUCUGACCUCCAGGCCCAGAACCACAGGGUCAUGCCCAGGCAGACACCCUCCUCAACGCCCCCAGUACUGGUGCCAAGGGGCACGACCUCCAGGGCACCCUGCUUCUUCCCUCAGCCCCAGCACCCCUCUAGCACCAGAGAUAUGGCAGCACCUCACCCCACUCGUGGGGUUUCUCAUUCGGGCUCAAACCGACGAGGACGGGGAUCCUCUGGUUCAGGAACUUCCAGGGGGCCAGCGGGUCCCUCUCGACAGGCCCAGACAGACACUGAUCUGCUGGAGCAGAUCCUGGAGAGGCCCACCCUGGCUGUGGUGGAGCAGCCCAAGGAGAGAGGCAUGAGGUUCCGCUAUGAGUGUGAGGGCCGCUCAGCUGGGAGCAUCCUAGGGGCCUCCAGUGGGGACUCCAACAAGACCUUGCCUGCUAUAGAGCUCCAGGGUCCCAUUCAGAACAUAAAAAAAGUGAUGGUCACUGUUUCCCUGGUGACCAAAGACUACCCGUACCGCCCACACCCCCACUGCCUUGUGGGUAAAGACUGUGCGGAUGGUACCGGCAUCUGUGUCGUCUGCUUUAACCCCCACAGCAACCGACGUCACAGUUUCGCUAACCUGGGCAUCCAGUGUGUAAGGCGGAAGGAGCUGGAUGCCUCUCUAGAGAAGAGACGGAAUCAGAAGAUCGACCCCUUUAAAACGGGCCACUCUAAAAGCAUCGAGGACAUGGACAUGAACGUGGUGCGGCUGUGUUUCCAGUGUGAGCUGGAGUGGGUGGAUGGAAAGAGGGACUUUCUGAACCCCAUAGUGUCCAACCCCGUCUAUGACAAGAAGGCGACCACCACAUCUGAGUUGAAGAUCAACCGUCUGAACAUUGUUAAAGGGCCAUGCACCGGCAAGACUGAGAUCUACAUGCUCUGCGACAAAGUCCAGAAAGACGACAUAGAGAUCAUCUUCAAGAGGGGGUCUUGGGAGGCCAAGGCGGAGUUUGCCCAGACGGACGUCCACCGGCAGAUCGCUAUCGUGUUCAAGACCCCGUCCUACCGGGAACAGGACGUGGGGGAGGAAGUGGAAGUAAAAGUCUUCCUGCGCCGUCUCUCUGACCACAUGGACAGUGACCCCGUCACGUUUACCUACCAGCCCAACAACACAGAUCCCUAUGAGGUGAAGCGGAAGAGAAAGAUAAAGACGGACAUCAGCUUCACAGAGAGAUCCUGUGUGGCAGCUCAGAAUGUGGCUGCAGCAGAAUCGCAGCCACUCGAGCCAUUCACCUUCACCCCAGCAGAUAACUGGCUGGUCCCAGAGGAGUUGCAUCCUCCUACCCAGUCUGGGGCCUCCACCAUGGGGGAGAUCCACUACAGUGACACCCAGGAGGACAGCUUCUUGAACGAGUGCAUAAGCCCAGAGGACAUCAGUGUUCUCUCUCUACUUCUGGAGCCUCUGUUCCAUGACCCUGCCCUCCUUGGCUUUGGCCAGGGGGUCAACUCCCUCUUUGUCCCAGGUGGCAUGGACAUUAACUUUAACCCCAACCAGUGUGAGUCUGGGCAGGACUUGGGCUACUAUAACGACCAGCAGUUCAACCAGCUAGUCAACGAGAAUCAGGCCUCUCUGAUGCAGCCCUUCCCACUGUCACUCUCCGGCUCCGCCCCUCAGGGUCAGUGUGAUAACGAGGGGUGUGAUUUGGUCCAGGUGAAGACAGAGGGGGACCUAUGAGAGCAAAACAUAUCCCCUUAAGACUGAAUGUGGUAACCCCUGAACUUUAAGUUUUUUUUUUGUUGUGUUGCUCCUCAAACUAGAAGUUUAGGGUGUGUAGGGACCUAACUCUACCCUGUGACAGUCCUCUCACCCAAACAUAGUACAUACAGUAUGAGAGUUUGGACACACACUGGUAAUAGCAGUAGCUGAGGCACCUUGUAUCCUAAUGGUGUGGUUACCCCUUUCCCCCAAAGGCCUUGCUGGACGAGGCUAUAAUCCAGACCCCUGUCUCUCCUUCCCACACACGACCACUACCAGACCCUAAAAGAAUACAUUUCAAAAAGUCUGUCCAGACCCAAGCCUUUGAGUGUAAUGUGUUGCCUUCACCAUGCUGCUAACGUUAGCCUAAGGCUAAUAGCCGUGAUCAGCACAGCACUCACAGAUGACAUGUAGCUUUAGCAUGUAGCUUUAGCGCCUCCGGGGGGACCAGAGUGAUACUGGUGGAGACGAGUUGCCCUUCCAAUAGGCUAGCCAUGGAUGUUAAAAAUGGUUCCUACCUACCCAUUGUCAAUACUACCUGUGGUGAUUAGGGGACCAUCCAGUACUCUGACCAAAUACAAAAUGGACACUUAAACUCAACUCGUCUGCCUUGUCAGUUUUCCUUGUCAGGCUCCGUCUGUGUAUAUAUUGUGGUUGAGGCAGACUUCGACAAGGACCUGCAGGAAAUCCCUGAAUUGAGGAUUCAACUAAAGGAAAGCAUAACUUAGGGCUCGUUUCAAUCCAUAUCGCGGAUGUUCAGCGCUAUAGCGUGAUUGAACAUGAAAGGUCAUUUCCAAUUGAGCCGACAUAUGCACCGUUUACCAUGAAUGCAGUCUCUGCGAAUGUGCCAUCAUUGCCUUUAAAUGUAUAUUGUGCUGUAGCGAGGAUCUUCAGCACGACAGAUUGAAUCGAGCCCUAAGCAUUUAACUGUCGGUGCAAGACAACCUGAAAACGACCCCUCUGUGGAGAAAUUGUUAAGUAAAAGGGACCAUCUAUCAAAUUGCUGUUUAUUUGGCUGUUUAUUUUUCCCUUUCCAUAUGUGAUAUAUUCUUUAUUGUGUAGUCAGUCAUUGUCUGUUAUCUGUCGUUUUUUUAACGUUGACAUCAGUUUUAACCUCUAGCUCACCUGUUGACUCUGUUUAUUGUAAUAACCAAUAUUCAUGUACAGUAGAAACGACCAUAGUCCAAUGCGCUGUCCUUCCUAGUGUCUACCUCUGUCGUGUUGCUGUAAGUCCUAUUCAGUUAAACAUGUUCAGUGUAUGUUCAGAUUCUUAACAGAUCCACAGCUUCUUUGUAUACUGUAUGCCAGACUCCUCCCUUCACACUAGCGUUUUGAUUGUUGUCAUUAGUAUUUCAAAAAUAAAAUGAUUGCAAGUCGUCAUCUUAAACUCUGGUCACUUCAAAUGCGUUUUAUCGUUGGUUGUAUAGGCUAUUUCAUAUUUAAUAUAAUUGACAUGGUAGGUUUUUACUAAAUGUAAAAAGCAAACUGUCCAAUAACAGAAAGGAGAGUGAAAAAGAGAGGGGACUGAAUGAAAGACAGAACGGCUGUGGAAGAACGAGUGUGUCCCCUCCUGGGUCCAUUGUUGUGUUCAGGCUCGGCUGCUUUUAAUGCAAUCCUAUUUUUAGCAGCCAGCUUUUCUUGCCCGGUCAGAGUCCAUCCCCCUCACAUUCCUAAUGCCUCACUCACAUUUACUCCAAAAACAACGUGACUUCCCCUAACCUCACCCACACAACCUGCCCAGUCGUGUACAUGGGACCUGACUUGACUGUUGUGACUUGACAAUUAUUGUAAUACACAGAAAUAUAUUAUUUGAAUUGUAUGUAACUGGGUGUUUUACCCAAUGAAAAAGCAGAAAUGCUCUUAUGUUAGCUCAUCAGUUUCUUGGGAAGCGCUUUGAUGAGGCGCUUCACUGAGUCAACAAUGACUCAUUCUCCCAUACAGCUUGUGUGUUGUACCGCUGAAACUUGUUCUCGUUUAUCUUGAAGCAUUUCUAUUUGGAUGUAUUUAUUAAACUGUCAUAGUUUAA